UAAUUCGGACCUUGCAGCGCUGGGGUGGAGGGAGAGAGAGAAAGAGACAGAGAGAGAGAGAGAGGGAGGGAGAGAGAGAUUUCAGAUCUAUCUGGCAGGAGCAAAGCAGAGCGCGGCGGAAGAGAAAGAAGAAUAUUGCAGAGAUCAGGCAUCUCCUUUGGAAGCUUAAAAAACCCACCCCUUAAGAGAAACCGGGGAGGGGGCAAGGGGAAAAGCCAAAAAUACACGACCUCCGAUGGGUCUGGCCAGCCGAUUCUGGCGUUCCUCCUUCUCUUUGGACACCGGAAAAUCCCAUCCGACGCAAGGAAGUUGAACCGGAGGGGGGUUUUUUGCCUUAGGAAAGGGGAGAGACGGGGCGUUUGGGGAAGGGGGAGGAAAAAAAAGCCGACCAGAUUUACCCUUCUGUGUGCUUCGGGAUCCAAGCUUCCAGACCUCAUGACCAUUGGAUUUCCUUGGGGCCACCUGGAUGUGGAUUUAAUUCGAGCUUCCAGAAGCAGAGGAGGAGGGGGGGAGGCGAAAACCACACUGUUGAGCCUAUUGGACUUGGAAGGCGUCUUGAUUUUUUAGAAGCCAUCUCUUGUUUUGUUUUGGUGAUGGUGGCGGUGGCGAUGAUGAUGAUGAUGAUGAUGAUUUAACCAAAUCCUGGACAACCGGUGGCCAACACUCUUGUCUAGAGAUCUACGGUUUGCCAUGGGAUUUAAGAAUUCCUAGCCUGGCGGAGUGAGGACCAUUCCUCCCAAUUUUUUUCCCCCCUCUUGUUCAUUUGCACCUUAAAGGAUACAUUUAUGAGAUGGAAAAUCGAGGGCUAUUCGGCGCCCUGUCUUACUUGAUGCUUAAUGCCCCUUUGCUGCUCCUAGUACAGGUUUCCUUGUCCUUCUUUUUAUCUUCAGCUACAUUUACCGAAGUUCCUAAAGAUGUGACGGUUAGGGAGGGAGAUGAUAUUGAGAUGCCUUGUGCUUUUCGGGCCAGUGGAUCUGCCUCUUACUCCUUGGAAAUCCAAUGGUGGUACCUUAAGGAAUCAGCACGAGAGCUCCCACACGAGGUAGCCAUCAGUGGCCCCGGCAGCAGAAGCAAGGUAACCAGUAAAGAUGCAACUAAGAUCAGCACGGUGCGCGUCCAGGGCAAUGACAUUUCGCACCGGCUGCGGCUGUCGGGGGUCCGGCGGCAGGACGAGGGCAUCUACGAGUGCCGGGUGUCGGACUACAGCGACGAAGACACGCAGGAGCAUAAAGCCCAGGCGGCGUUGCGGGUCCUGGCGCCUUUCUCGCCUCCCGACGUGCAGGCGGCCGAAGCCGUCUCGCACAUCCAGAGCAGCGGUCCGCGGAGAAGCAGCCCGCCCGGGCGAGCCACGGCCGAGCCGGGUCUGGGAAACAAGCGCCUCCUCCCGGCGCAAGGCGAAACUGCCGCUGCGGCCGCCGCUUCCUCUUCCCUCUCUUCCUCCUCCUCCUCCUCCUCUU